GGGAAAAAGAGGGAAACGGAUACUCAAUUGAAAGUGAGUAAACAGAAUUAGAUACUAAAUCUGAUAAAUAAAAAUCUCAUAAAUAAGAGAGUAGAGAGUAUAAUUCUGCGGAAAGCCGUAUUCGAUGAAAGUCGGAUGUACGGCUUGGAGGGAGAUCUUUCAUUUAGUUCGAGAUCCACCCUACAAUAUGGGGUAAAAAAGCCAAAAUAAGUGAUUUUAGCCCUUAUAAACAGAAAACUGAUUCUUGAACCCCUUUCACGCUCAUGUCACGUCGAGGUACUACAAAAAAAAAAAACAGCAAAAUCCGAUCCAAUCUAUCGUAAUCGAUUAGUUAACAUGUUGGUUAACCGUAUUCUGAAAAACGGAAAAAAAUCAUUGGCUUAUCAAAUUAUCUAUCGAGCCGUGAAAAAAAUUCAACAAAAGACAAAAAAAAAUCCACUAUCCGUUUUACGUCAAGCAAUAGGUCGAGUCACUCCCGAUAUAACAGUCAAAGCAAGACGGGUAGGUGGAUCAACUCACCAAGUUCCCGUUGAAAUAGGAUCCACACAAGGAAAAGCACUUGCGAUUCGUUGGUUAUUAGCGGCAUCCCGAAAACGUCCAGGAAAAGAUAUGGCUUUCAAAUUAAGUUCCGAAUUAGUCGAUGCUGCCAAAGGGAGUGGCGCUGCCAUACGCAAAAAGGAAGAGACUCAUAGAAUGGCAGAGUCAAAUAGAGCUUUUGCGCAUUUUCGUUAAUCCAUGAAUAGAGUUUGAGGGUCUGGUCUGGUCUAUCCAGCUUAAUUGGAAAAGAAUCAAGAGAAAAAGUAAAUAAUCACAAGUAAUAUAAAUUGAUUUCGAAAAAUUGACACAUAAAUCAGGAAUAAACUAAACUCUCUCGGGGACUUUUUUAAAGAGGAACCUCGUGUGAAUACCAUGCAAUUGGCACUUUUUUUUAUUUUAAUUGGAAGCAGUUACUAAUUCAUGAGCUAGGAGAUAUACAGAAUGAAAACUUCAUUUUAUAAAAAAGAUAAUACCUUGGUUAGAUUUCAUCUCUUCAACAAGUUUAGUAAUGAGCAUAAUGGCCUAUUGUUCCGAUGGAAAGACGACCCAAUUCUUAGCUUUUCAAUCAAUUUCCAAACAAACAAAUUGAACGAAACCUUUCAAUUUCUUAUUUGACUAUAUUGAACUGUAUUCAUUUCUCUAUCCCUAUAGUACAUUAAAUAUAAAGAAGCUUUAGUAAGAAUGUUUUGAUGUGGUGCUAAGUAUUUCAAAAUUCUAUUUGUAUUUGUAACUCCAAAAUGUUUUCGUUUUCACUCCUACCUAGUAUAUGGAUAGACCAAUAGGAUUAUGAACUUAGAAUUUUAAAAACGUAUCUAAAUAAACUAAAUAAAUGUAUUGAUAUGGAUUCUAAUCCCUCCGUUAUUCCAUUCAAUUUAGGAAUAGGAAUAAACGUAAUGAGACUUUCAUUUUAAAUAUUUCUAUUUGCUCUAUUUGUUUUGUAAAGAAUCGAGAAAUAGGUUUGAUUGUCCAUUUUUUGGAUAUUUUUUGAUAUAGAUAAAAUAUUCUUCGGAUACUGAAACAUAGAAGCAGUUGGAUACCCU